AUGUUCCGGCCGGGCCGCGAGGACCUACAGAGGAGAGGAAGCGAUGCUUCUGGCGUCCGUGCCCUGGGGGACGCGGCCGCCGCGCUCCUGGGACAGGCCGGAGGGAGUGUCCAGAGUGACCCAAAUGAGCCGGAGGGGACGUCUCCGCGGUACCCCGCUCCCGGGGUGGGAUGGGUGAAAAGCGUGGUGCCCGCUUCGCGGCCGGGCCCGAGCACGCGGGGCCACGAGCUCCACAGCCUGCGCCCGGACAGCCCCGUGCGCCCCUCACCUGCCCGGGUCAGGGGGGCAGAGCAAGCGGCCGGGACUCUGGGCGCGCGGGGCGUCCUCCCUCCGCCGGCCGAAACGCGCCCGCCCGAGCCGGAGCCCCGCAGGGGCAGCCUCCCUUACCUGACAGGCGAGCUCGCUCCGCGGCUGGAGCCGGACGAAGCUGCGGCCCGGGAGGCGGAGGCCCUCGAGGCUGCAGGAAGCGGCCGCCCGGCCCCGGCGCGCACGGGAGGGAGCCCGCUCCUCGGCGCGCGGGCCGGGCUGGGACGUGGCCGCCGGCGCCGGCCUUCUCGGGACGUCCUGCCCGCCGGCUCGCUCCUCGGGGGGGAAGGAAUGGCCGCUGCUUCUCCGAGACGCGGAGGGAAGACGGCAGCCCAGGGUCCUGGGUGCGAGUCGGGCCCUGUCAGCCGGGGCGGAUCCGGCUGCUCCGCCCGAGCCGCGGCUGCGUGCGCGGCGGAGGGAGGGGUGGGGAGCGCGGGGAGGGGGCUGGAGCGCGUCCCGCCGAGGGGCCGCCGCGCUCCCGUUCCGAGCCGGCUGCGCGGCCACCGCCGGGCGCGCCCCUCCGCCGCGGCGACUUCCCGGGCGCGCCAAGUUUCCUCCCUCCACGUGGAGCCGCCAGCUCCCGGCGCGCGGGCCUUCGCGGAGCUCUCAGCGCCGCCGGUGCCCCGGCCACCCUCCGACUGCUGCAAGUGA